GUCCCCGGUGGAUCCCGGGGAGGCUGCUCGGCUGCGCUCGCUUGCCCAGGAACGAUCCGGCUGGGGUCCCCCUUCACCGAGCUCCUCCCUCCGCUUCAGCGCCAUGAGGCCCAGGUGAGCCUCUCUACCUGAGCUGCACCGUUUUGUCUACUCCACCUAAAGCCCUGAGACUAAAGCCUCUGGAGGGCAACUCUUUGCUGUAACAGCAAGAGAAUGAGCGGGCAGCGUGUGGAUGCCAAAGUUGUGAUGCUGGGCAAAGAAUACGUGGGCAAGACCAGCUUGGUGGAAAGAUACGUUCACAACCGCUUCCUUGUGGGGCCCUACCAGAAUACAAUAGGUGCUGCAUUUGUGGCCAAAGUCAUGCCCGUGGGAGGCCGGACAGUGACGUUGGGAAUUUGGGAUACAGCUGGCUCAGAAAGGUAUGAGGCCAUGAGCCGGAUAUACUAUCGUGGGGCAAAAGCUGCCAUUGUAUGUUAUGAUCUUACUGAUAGCAGCAGUUUCCAGAGAGCAAAAUUCUGGGUGAAUGAACUGCAGAACUUUGAGGAGAACUGCAGGAUCUAUUUGUGUGGCACCAAGAGUGACUUGUUGGAUGAUGACAGGAGAAAGCGGGGAAUUGACUUCCAUGAUGUGCAGGACUAUGCUGACGAUAUCAAAGCUGAGCUGUUUGAAACUUCCAGUAAGACUGGACAAAAUGUAGACGAACUCUUCAAGAAGGUAGCUGAGGAUUAUGUGCAAUUUACUUCAUUUCAAGAGAUGACAGAGGAGAAAGGAGUAGAUCUGAGCCAGAAGAACACUCCCACCUACUUCUACAGCUGCUGCCAUCAUUGAAUUCUUAGUUUGUCAAAAGCAGUUUGCAGUUCAUGCUGUUGAGACUGUUCACAUCUUUUACCUGCUACAUGGAAUGUCUUGCUCCUUUGGACAUGCAGAGCAUCACUUGCUGGCACCUCUUCUUGGGACAGAGGGAAGAGAGAGUGCAGUAGACACAGGUUAUUGUUGCAUGUACUGCAGGACUUGCUGCCUUUGUUGACUAGAGACUGGGAUUGCAUUGUGCCCUCCUCCCCUUGAGAGGCUAUCUAAAUUAUCAAUGCGUGCCAGGAAUUGUUUUUCACAAUAGGCUUCCUUGCAGAAGACAGCCUAUGCUGACUGCAGGGGAUUCUGCCCCUUUGGAAGGUAUUGCCUGAUUUCUUUGCUUUAUUAUUUAAAAUGGCUUCUAAUAAGUUAUAUAAAUGUAAAUUAAAAACGCACGGUGGUCCUGUAUUGAUGAAGAUAGCCAGGUUUAUGUUCUUGGUGGGACAAGGCUGGUUUUUAGACUAAUAAGGAAGCACAUGGUAAAGAUGGGGUUGACCUUUAUGUACAGGCACAGCUGGAGAGGGAAUACUUUGAAUAAGUAGUAAAGAUAUGCCCUGCUGAGGUUUCUACAAAACACUGUCAACUUCCAGCAUGGGACAACUCUUUAGGAUGAUCAAAUCAACAGAAAAAAAGUUGUUUCAGGGAAGAAACAGAAGUUUGGGCCUAAGCAAUCCUCUCAGGAAUAUGUUGAGACAUUUUAUUGGACUGUGGUGGCUAACCCAACUGGUUCAAAACUGAAAGUAUCUUUUGAUGGGGCCUAGCAGUUUGUAUAUGCAAUUGUGUAAUUUUUGUUACUAAUAGGUACGUGAGAAUGCAGUGCUUUCUCUCAUUUACUCAACUGAAGGCUCUGUAAUUCCAAAUUCCCACCUCUUCAACAGUGCACAUCAACUGGCUUACAAUAAAAUCAAAAGUUGGUCCCCCCAAACCUCCUCACUUCAGCCAUUUUGUAUAUUCUUUAUGUAAAAGCCCAAAACAUACACAAAGGAAGUAACCAUGUGAAUCAGAAAUUUGGUCACCCUUCCCUCAGCACACUUCCAUGUCCCUUCCAGGGAUUCUGUUGCUAUUGUACUCAGAAAGGUAUUAUGGCUGCCUAAAGGGCAUUGGGUGAAUUUCCUAAUGGCACAGCACUACAGACUCCACCUUCUUUCCAUAGGAAAUGUUAAUGAGAGCCCGACAGUUUCUCCAUGCAGCCUGAACAGCAGCUGAGGCACAGCUUAUUUGGCCUAUAUUUGAAAAGACAGACUGGGGCUCUUCUUCCUGACCAUUUCUCAGAAAUGGCAAGUGGACUGGUCGGCUUCACAGAGAAGCAAAGAUAGUUGUUCUUUUGCCUACUUCCAAGCCUAAAAGAAGCCAGUUACUCUAAUCUCUCAUGCGCAAAGCUAGCCUGAUAAGUCUCAGGAAGUUUUGUGGAUCAAGUCACUGGAUAAUCCCCAAGAGAUCAAAUAAGUUGACAUUUUAUGAAACCGUUUUAAAUAUCUGCUAUACACCUGCAUUUCCACAUAAGCUGCUACUGCCCUUACAGCAAACAAUAAAAGUCACCUUAAGUCCUUGGGGCAAGUCAUUAUUCCACAGCAUUAACAGAUACUUUGCAUCUUUGAUUUGAUAACACUGAUGAAUUAAUGAAACAAACGCAGUCAGUGAUACCAGUCCAUUAGCCAGAUUUAAACUUCAGUGUAGCAACCAUCAAUAUUUCCCAGUUAGAUCCAGACAUAUUACUUCUAGGAACAUGAGAACAAUACAGCAAAGCUCCAAAUAGGCUUGGGCGCCAUUUAUCACAGCAAUUGCUAUUUGGUGAAGGAUCCCAUCACAGAACUACAGCUUCAAGGUCCCC